GAGCAGCUCCUAUGUGAAGCAGUUGAACCCGGACGGUUAGCCGUGUAGGGACGUUAGCAGACGGCUACAUUCUAAAGUGUCGGAACCGGAGCUAGCUUAGCUUUAGCCAGCAGCAUGGGGGAAGAAAUGGGGAAGAACACGUCAGUAAAGACCGGUGUGAAGGCGGACAAUGACAGCCACGUACCUCAGGAGGACGUUGACGUGACAUAUUACACGUGUGAGGAGGUUCAAGCUCACAAUGCGAGCAACGGCGCGUGGAUCAUUAUCCAUGACAAAGUUUAUGAUAUUACGAGUUUUCUCGAAGAGCAUCCUGGAGGUGAAGAAGUGCUCCUGGAGCAGGCAGGUUCGGACGCUACAGAGUGCUUCGAGGACGUCGGCCAUUCCACAGACGCCAGAGAGAUGCUUCAGCAGUACUACAUCGGGGAGCUGCACGAGGAUGACAGAAAGAAAGCGACCAAUAAGGAUGUUUAUAUUACAACCUCUAAAGAGUCCAGUUCAUGGAGCACUUGGCUGAUUCCUGCUGUGGCGGUGGCUCUUGUAGGCUUUAUGUACCGUUAUUACAUGUUAGAGCACAAAUCAUCUUGAGCACUCGGCAGCUCCUGGAUUCCCAAAAUCAUCUCAGCAGAGUGAAAGAAGAUCUCACACCAGUAACUGAUCUGGUUUUGGAUGAGGGUCCAGGACCAGUGCAACAUGUCUCUCUCUCUCUCUUUCAUCCAGAGGCCUUGGACUUUCUCUCACUCUCUCUCUCUCUCUCUCUCUCUCUCUCUCUCUCUCUCUCUCUCUCUCUCUCUCUCUCUCUCUCUCUCUCUCUCCACCCCACUACACACACACACACACACACACACACACACACAGGCACUGCCCAUCUCUUGCCAUUGACUUUACCAGGAACAUGAGGGAUCACAGAAUUACAUGUUCUUGUCUUUUUUUCUUUCUUUUUGUUGUUGUUUGUUGUUUUUUUUUUUUUUUAUCUAUCUUUCUAUCUAGAUAAGAUUCUAUAUUGUCUAUUAGGAGAAGGAUUCAUACAGGAUGAGCUUAGAACCAAGCAUCGUUUUGGAACGACUCCUUUUCAGAUUCACUGCCUUGAUAUUUCAGCACUGAAUAGGAACGUUGUGUGUGUGUGUGUGUGUGUGUGUGUGUGUGUGUGUGUGUGUGUGUGUGUGUGUGUGUGUGUGUGCUCCACCUUCUGUUCCUCAUUUUCAUCCUCUUUUUGCUCUGAUUGUGUUAUUCAAUAUAAUGCAGCUAAAGUAAAAAAAAAAAAAAAACACUUUAAUAUUAAAAUACUACUUUAUAUAUUAUAAUAAAACUUUUAAUAUUCCCUUAAUAACGUACGAUUAUUUACUGCAUUAGUGAGCUGACGUUAUUUAACCCUCAUGCCUUCUGCUUCAUCACUUCAUGAUAAAUAAAAAUGAUCUUUAUUUGUACGCAGCCUUUUAUAUCGGUUUGUUUUGCCCUCGAGCACAAAAGUGUGUAGUUUUAUUUCGGUCUUCAAAAUUCUCUCCUCUGCGACAAAGACACGAUUUAAACGAUUCUACGUUAGAGUCGUGCGACACAAAAGGAUCGGUCGAGAUCACAAAAGUGCAUCUAAUUUAUCACAAUGUCAGUAUUUUAGCAUCAGAUCGUCGACCCUGUGACCGAACAUCUACUGAACAUCUGCUGAACAUCUGCAUCGAGCGACAAACACAGUGAUCGGAAUCAGACCUCCAGGCGUCUUAAAGAUCUCACUUUUCUCCAUGCACUUAAUUUUAGCCAGCGUAAGUGUCCGUGUUUAAUCAGCUUCCCGCUUCCUCUGCAAAUCCUUCUCUAAAUCACGUCUCCUUAAUCGAUUUAACCCUUUCAUCUAUUAUUUCAUUUUAUUCAUAUUCAAAAAACAUUUUUGAACUAAAAAUGUCUUGACGUAUAAUAUCGCAUAAACAUGAAAUAUUAAAAGGAGACGCUGUACGUCUGUCCGAGAGGUGCGUGUCGGCAUGACUUCGUUAAGGGUUAACGAACGUUAAUAAACUAAUGCAGUACCUUGUUUUCAGGGAACCUUUGUGUAAAGUGUUCAUUUAUCUCACGCUGGACACGAAACCACCCUGGUUUUAACGUUGACAAUGUUAGUUCCGUUCCUGACUGUAAAUACAAACACAAAUUCGAAUAGAUUUGCAUACAUUAGCAUAAUCACCCCGUUCCGUGUUGGGUAACGUUUAGUCUCACGACGAACCGCACAGACUCGUUAACGGAUUUAUUUUUACUCCCGACGACGGAAAAGACGUCCGAUGACGAACAUGUCGAAUGUUUAGAGUUAGAUUUUUUUAAAAUCACCGAUGAACAUAAUGAUUAAGUCACGAGUGUGUGAAUGUUAACGUUAAUGUUAGAACACAUUGUUAUAUUUCUCUCUCUUUCAUUCAUUACACAUUUUCUCUUAUAAAAGGUCUGAUGUUUCUACGUGGACUGCGUGUGAAGGUGUGAUGAGGUUAAGGCUCCACCCGAUAGGUUGUUUGGUUUGGUUUAUUCGUACAUCUGUUAAACAGAUAUGUCAGAGUAUUUUAAAGAGCAUUUUAGUACUUGAACUGUCCAGCUGUCCAUGCAUUUUCCAUUCAUGUGUUGAAUAUUCUAUGCAUUUGUGUGUGUGUGUGUGUGUGUUUGUUUUCUCUCUGCACUUGUAAUCCGUAUCUCUGGCUCCUCUUCCAUGUAACCCGUGCAGCAGACCUGCAAUUCCUCUUCAUGCAAAACUCACGUGUUUGAACUGAUUCCACUUUAUGUUGUGUAUCGGUGCGUCUGCACAACGUGUACGUCGCUUUACAUCCAGUGUGGCGUUUGUUGGGAGUAAAAUGAGAUCGAACCAGUUUGUAAUCAUUGUUGUAGUGUAAUUUAUGCUCAGAUUAUAGACUAUUAAAAAAAUACAUUCCCA